AUUGAGUCACACAGCUCCAACCUGCCUGGCGAGGAGCUCCUUUGCACCUUGCCCAUAGCUCGGUCGCCUGGCUCUGCUAAAGUCUUGCCGUCGCCUCCCCUGCACACCUGCUCCCCUGCUGCUUCCAAAUCGGCCUUCUUGGCAGGGAAGAAUUUUUCCCUUCACCUUCCUGGUUGAUCAGCUGGUGCAGAAACCACUCCCAAGCCCUCCUGCCAGCCACCCACCCUGGCUGGGCAGGAACCAGGCCAAGACUGAAAGCCGGACCCCGCACCGGAGGGGACCAGGCGCAGCCGUGAGCCAUGGGAGCGCCGGAGGAAGACUAUAACUUUGUCUUCAAGGUGGUCCUGAUCGGAGAGUCAGGUGUGGGGAAGACCAACCUGCUUUCACGCUUCACCCGCAAUGAGUUCAGCCACGACAGCCGCACCACUAUCGGCGUGGAGUUCUCCACCCGCACUGUCCUGGUGGGCGACGCCAUGGUGAAGGCACAGAUUUGGGACACGGCUGGGCUGGAGCGCUACCGCGCCAUCACCUCAGCGUAUUACCGGGGCGCGGUGGGCGCCUUGGUGGUAUUCGACAUCACCAAGCACCAGACAUAUGACGAGGUGGAGCGGUGGCUGAAGGAGCUCUAUGACCACGCUGAAGCCACCAUCAUCGUCAUGCUUGUGGGCAACAAAACCGACCUCGCCCAGGCUCGAGAGGUGCCAACCGAGGAGGCCAAGAUGUUUGCAGAGAACAACGGGCUGCUCUUCGUCGAGACCUCAGCGCUGGACUGCACCAACGUGGAGCAGGCCUUUGAGACCGUGCUACGGGAGAUCUUCAACAAGGUGCAGAAGCAGAAGCAGAAGAGCGCCCCGGACAAUGCUGUUACGCUGUCCCCCGAGAGCACCGCCAGCACUGCCCAGUCCCCUGCACCGGCCCAGCGUUCCUGCUGCCUCAACCUUUGAGCCUGGCACGGGAAGGGGGCCAGGAGCCCACCCCGCUGCCCUGCAGCCUGGCCCUGCUUCUGCCAGCGUGGGGCUCCGGGCUGGCCCCAGACUCACCCUGCUCGGAGCCUGCCCUGCGGGGUCCAGGCGGAUGCAGGAAUUCCCGUCGCUCCUGGAUGUGGUCCUAGCCUGCUGGAAGCCUCCGUGUUCCCAAUUCCCUUUGGAAGGCAGCUGGGGCAUGGAUCCCGUGGGGGGGUGCUGCCGUGGUCCGUGCAAUACAGGUGCAAGCAUUAAACUGUUUUCAAGA